AUGGAACAGAAGCUCUGCUUCCUCUUCUUCUUCCUCUUCUCCCUCCUUACCUCUUCCCUCGUCGCUGUGGACAGCCGGCGGAUUCCGGCGAACAUCACGCACACAUUCAACGUGAAGAAGUUCGGCGCCAGGGGCAAUGGACGCACUGACGAUAGCAAGGCAUUCAUUGAAGCAUGGCGGGCUGCGUGCGGAUCAUACGGUGCUGUAAGGCUUGAGAUACCCUCUGGAACUUAUUUCGUCGGGCCCCUUAAGUUCAAUGGGCCUUGCACCAAUGUCAGCUCCAUCACUGUCCAAUUGCAGGGGACGUUGAAGGCAACAACUGAUCUGAAUAAGUUCAAGAAUCCUCAUUGGGUGGAGUUUGGGUGGGUGAACGGGCUUAUUGUUACCGGGGGUAUCUUUGAUGGCCAAGGAGCCGUUUCUUGGCCUUUCAACAAAUGCCCCAAACAAAUGCAUUGCAAAGUUCUGCCUACUAAUAUUUUGUUCGUCAACACAACAAAUACAGUUGCGGCGGGCAUAACAUCCAUCAACAGUAAAUUCUUCCACAUUGCUAUUUUGAGUUGCACCAACUUUAAAGGCAGCAACAUCAAGAUUCGUGCUCCUAAAAAUAGCCCGAACACGGACGGAAUCCACUUGGAGCACAACUCGGUUGUGACCUUAUCACAUUUGACUAUUGGAACUGGGGAUGAUUGUGUCUCGAUCGGCCAGGGAAACUCUGAUGUCACCCUAACCAAAAUCAAAUGCGGUCCGGGUCAUGGGAUCAGUGUUGGGAGUCUUGGGAGAUACAAGGAUGAAGGUGAUGUGAGAGGGGUAUUAGUUAGAGAUUGCACACUUACUGGGACGACGAAUGGGGUGAGGAUAAAGACAUGGCAGAAUUCUCCGAGCCCGAGCACUGCAUCCAACUUCACAUUCGAUAAUAUAUUGAUGAAUGAUGUGGACAACCCCAUCAUCAUAGACCAGCACUAUUGCCCCUAUUCCAAAUGCGACUCUUCUGCGCCAUCCCGAGUGAAGAUAAGAGACAUAAAAUUUAGGAACAUAAGAGGCACUACGAUGAACCCGGAGGCAGUGAGUCUACUUUGUAGCCAAGGAAUGCCUUGCAAGGAUGUGACACUUCAAGAUGUAAGUCUCAAAUAUGUGGGUGAGGGUGGAGGUGUUGGGGCCACAACCAUUCUUAACUCCAAGUGUUUCAAUGUAAAGCCGACCUUCAGUGGGACCCAAUACCCCCCACCCUGCCGUUAAAAUUUGAAUUUUGUUCAUAGGAGGGGCACAAGUGAAGUCAUAGAACUCAUUGCAUUGUUAU